AUGCAAAGUAUUUUGACAGCAUGUUUUGCUCCAGAUACUAAGAAACCACAAGACUGGUUUGAAUUAAAUAGCACUCAUGAACUCCUCAGUGAGUUCGAACAUGUAGAACUUAAAAAGAUGUACCAAGACAGACAAAACUUACCAUUGUAUCUAAAAGGUAUAUAUGUUCAUAAGUUCCUAGUUAGUUCAAUAGCAAUGUGGGCUUCACCUCGUUAUGCAUGGUAUAUUUACAGACUUCUUGACGAAGUUGCUGAAAAAUACAUGUAA